GUGCAUGAUUCGCGGGGUCAAGUCAGUGGGCAAGGCAGUGUACGUGACGGCAAUAUUGCCGUACAUACUCCUGAUCAUCAUCUUCAUCAGCACACUGAUUCAACCGGGAGCAGGAUCCGGUCUGCUGUACUACGUCACGCCGGACUUCCGGAAACUACAGGAUGUGAAGGUGUGUUCAGCAGAAAGUACGGCGCAGACCGUUCUUGCAGGGUUCGGUGGUAGGGCUUUGUAGUAGAAUCCCAGGGUUAGCGAUAU